AUGGGAAAUCUUUUUUGUAGUAUUUGCCCUGAAAAUCAAGACAACAGCAAAAGUAGUAUAUCCAAUUUGAAUGAUUUUAAACCAAAAUAGAGUGAUACAAAAAGUUUAAGCCACUAUGAUAAUGGGAAUUUAAAUAAAAGCUAAUAAAAUUUAAAACCAAAUAUCAAACCAAUUGAUAUUAAAAAUUCUGAAUAAUAACUUGAUGAUAAACAUUAUUUAGUAUUAAUAGGGCCAUCUGGAGCCGGAAAAGAAAAAUUAAUUAAGUAAAUGAAUCUUAAAAAGAUUUAAUACUAUAAUUCAAGAUAUUCUUUAUAGGAUUAAAAAAAUUUAGCAAAUUGUUAAUAACAGAAUUUUUAAGAAGAAAUUCUGGAUGAAUAUGUCAUUGUUGCUACACCUUCCUUUUAAUUAGAUGAUGAUAUAAACAUAAGAGAAAUUAUUAUAAAGGAAUUCUAGGAAUAUUUUGAUAAUAGAAAAUAUAUAUCAAGUUUUGGAAUAGUUGUUAAUUUUGAAAGAACUGAUUUAAUGAAGAAAAAAGUGCUAUAAGUUUUAAAAUAUCUUAGAAAAUUUAAAGAUAUUAUAUCAAUUAUAGUUGUAGAUAUGGAAUUAAGUGACAAUGUAGAUGAAGAUAAAGAACAUUUGAGAAAUAGUUUUAAACAUAUGGGAUGUCAUCGAAUAUUAUUUAUUAGCAAAGAAAUGAAACAGAAACAAAUUUUAGAAUAAAUAUAGGAAAUUUAAUUUAUCAAAACACAUAUUGAUCUAACUGAUACCAUUUUUUAAAGUAUUGAUAUUAUAGAUGAGCAUCGAAUUUAAAGUGAGUUUAUUUCUUAAAUUAUUCAAUGUUAGAUUAGAUCUUGA